AUGAUCAUUCAUUUCAGCGCUCCCAGGGAAUCACUAUACUACGGCUAUGGGUUCAAAGUAAAUGUUGAACUGGACGAGAACUACCCUGUUACAGCACCUAUCGUGUCCUUUGCCACCAAAAUUUAUCACCCUAACAUUGACUACGAGAAUGGCUUCCCCUGCAUCUCUGCAUUAGAGAAUGAAAAUUGGAAUGAGGAGUCAAGUCUUGAAAACAGUUUCGAUUAUGUCCUGCCACAAUUGUUGUGCCAGCCGAACUUUGAGGAUCCCUACAAUACUGAGGCUAGUGAGUUGCUUCGGGAAUCAGAGGAAGAGUACGAAGAGAAGGUGAAAGGUAUAAAUGCUUAUUGCUAUGUGUGUGAGGCCUAUGCGGAGGAGGAAUAG